AUGUCUGCUCCUAAGAAGGGAAACUUGUCUUCAAGCGAAAAGGAAUUGUUUGAGGUUAUCACUGCAGGAAAUGUUCAAGAGGCCUCAAGGCUGCUGGGCUGUAAGGAUGUUCGAGUCAACUGUUUGGAUGAGUAUGGGAUGACCCCUCUGAUGCACGCUGCUUAUAAGGGGAAAGCGGACAUGUGCAAGUUGCUGCUGCAACACGGAGCUGAUGUGAAUUGCAAUGAACAUGAGCAUGGGUACACAGCGCUUAUGUUUGCUGGUCUGUCAGGUAAAACUGAUAUCACAUGGAUGAUGUUAGACGCAGGGGCGGAAACAGAUGUGGUCAACUCUGUCGGAAGGACCGCCGCUCAGAUGUCCGCCUUUGUCGGGCAACACGACUGUGUCACGGUGAUUAACAACUUCUUCUCCCGUGCCAGACUGGAUUACUACACCAAGCCCCAGGGUUUGGAGAAGGAACCCAAGCUGCCUCCCAAACUGGCCGGACCCCUCCACAAGGUCAUCAUGAGCACCAACCUGAACCCAGUCAAGAUGGUGAUGCUGGUGAAGGAGAACCCCCUGCUGGCAGAGGUGGAGGCUCUGGAAAAAUGCCGCAGGGUGAUGGAGCUCAUCUGUGAGAAGUGCAUCAAGCAGCAGGACAUGAACGAGGUGCUGGCCAUGAAGAUGCACUACAUCAGCUGCGUGCUGGGAAAGUGUGCUUCCUUCCUCAAGGACCGCGAGGACAAGCUGGAAGGCCUCAUCAAGAGUUUGCUGAAGGGUCGAGACAGCGAUGGUUUUCCUGUGUACCAAGAGAAGUUUAUCAGAGAGUGCAUUCGCAAGUUUCCUUAUUGUGACGCUACUCUGCUGCAGCAGCUGGUGCGGAGUAUCGCCCCUGUCGAUAUUGGUAACGACCCCACAGCGCUGUCGGUGCUGACUCAGGCCAUCACAGGUCAGGUUGGCUUCAUGGACGCAGAGUUUUGUACGUCCUGUGGAGAGAAGGGAGCCGAGAAAAGAUGUUCAAUUUGUAAAAUGGUGAUCUACUGUGGCCAAGCCUGCCAAAAGAUGCACUGGUUCACCCACAAGAAGGUUUGUAAGACGCUUCAAGAGCAGCGAGAGAAGCAGGAGGCAGAAUCAGCCAAACUGAGGAUGCAGCAGAGCAAAGAGGAAAGUGAAGCAGUGCAGGAGGCCACAGACUCCAUGCAGGACCUCUCGGUGGAGACCAACAGUGAGGUCGCCUCCUCAGACUCCGCAGCAGAAUCCUCAAACUCCACUUCGGUCCCAGCUACUGACAACUGAGGAACAUCUGACAGUCAGCAGCCACCUCCUCCAGAACACAUCGAUUCAUCACAGACAGAGAGCAGACUGGCAGUGAGACUGAAAGCCAGACAAGGACUGGUCCAGCAGGAGACUAGAACCCAUAUUUAUUAUCAAGCAGAGACUCUCAACAGACAUGUGAAGAAGGUUUGUGCCACAGCUGUCAUCAUUUUGUCAUUUUUAUAUUUUAAUUUUUUCAGAUGAUAAUGUCAUAUGAUGUGAAUGUGAACAUUGCACAACCUGAUGUGUUUGCGGUAGAGGUCACGGGGAGGACUUGUGUGUAAAGUAAAGAGCUAAUGGUUCACAUCAAUGAUGGAAUGUAAUUCUGCCUUAAGAACUUGUAGCAACCUGUGUGGGAAAGAAGUGACUGUCUAGCCAAUCAGAGCUUUUGUUUGUUUGCAACUUUUUUUUUUUUUUUGGUACUGAUAACCUCAUGGCAGAUUGAGUGGAUAGCAUGGCUGCACAAUACUGACCAAAAAUAUAUUUUUUUAAAUAUAAA